AUGGCCGAGAAAAGGCCAGAUAUAGACACCCACCCUGUCCAUGGACGACGCGAUGAUGCCUUGAAUUAUCUGGAUGAACAUGCCAAUGUCCAGGAUGAAGCGACUGUCGAUCUUGCGGCCCUGCGACGCAAGAUCGACUAUCGCAUUAUCCCGUUCAUGUUUUCCUGCUAUAUCCUGCAGUUUCUMGACAAGGUGAUGCUCAAUUAUGCGGCUGUGAUGGGGAUAAGGAAAGACCUCAAGUUGGUUGGCAAUGAUUUCUCCAAUGCGGCGACUUGGUUCUUCAUUGCCUACUUGAUCGCGGAGGCUCCCCUGGUAAUUCUCCUGCAAAAGACUCCCCCAGCCAAAUGGCUAGGAGCAAAUGUCUUCCUCUGGGGCGUUGCAGCGGCGGCUGGUGCCGGUGUCCGUGACUAUCGUACUCUCCUGGUCUCACGGAUCUUCCUCGGCAUUUUCGAAGCCACGAUCGGCCCUUCUCUGAUGCUGCUGAGCAGUCAGUACUACACCAAGAGCGAAGCUGCGCCCCGGUUCACGCUGUGGUAUGUCGGUCUGGGUGUGGCACAGAUCCUAGGUGGUCUUAUCUCCUUUGGCUUCCAACAUGUGGACAACCCGUCUUUCCAAGGCUGGCGCGUCAUGUUCCUCGUUCUCGGGCUUGUUACAUCCCUUACCGGCGCACUAACCUUCAUCUUCUUGCCGGACGCGCCCAUGAAGGCAAAGUGGUUGACCGACCGCGAGAAAGUCGCUCUCUUGAACCACGUCAGUGUCAACCAGACCGGCGUGUGGAGCAGUGACUUUAGCGUAAAGCAAAUUUGGGAGGCUGUUUGUGACCUUCAGCUGUGGUUCAUCACCAUCAUCACCAUGCUGAUCUCCGUCUCCAGUGGAGUGGUGACCUCGUACUCGGCGACUUUGAUUGCCGGAUUCGGUUUCUCAGGCCCUCAUGCGGCCCUGCUAAAUAUGCCCUCCGGCAUUGUUAGCAUCUUCUUCACCCUCCUGGUUGGCUUCGGGAUCCGCCGAGUCUCCCACCGCUGGGCCUGGCUCAUCGCCUCCACCCUGCCCGGCAUCCUCGGCGGCGGUCUGCUCUCCUUCCUCCCCAAGCACAACAAAGCAGGUGUCCUCAUCGGCAUUUACCUCGUCAACGCCGUGGUCGCGACCCUCCCCAUUCUCUACCAAUGGACGGCGGCCAACUGCGCAGGCCAUACCAAGCGCGCGUUUGCCAGUGCGCUCGUCGCCGGCUCCUUCUCGGUCGGAAACAUCAUUGGCCCUCAGACGUUCCAGGCACGCGAUGCGCCGGAAUAUCGCCCGGCCAAGAUCGCAGUGCUGGCGACGCAGGCUGCUGCGGCGGUCCUCUCGUUCGUCCUCUUCUUGUAUUAUGUGUGGGAGAACAAGCGUAGGGACCGUGUUAAAGAAGGCCAGGAGGAUCAGGCGCAAGAUGACACCAAGUGGGCCGGGUUGACAGAUAGGGAGAACAAGACUUUCAGAUAUGUCUACUAG